CCUCGCUACGCCUCGAGACUUGUUUCUCCGUCCGAGCCUCGCACACUCGUGCGUGAGAUGCCGCGUGCGCACUGCUAGCCUUACGAGCUACGAAGCCUCACUCUUUCACAAGGACCACGCGAAGGGGCUCCUUCUACCUUGAUUUGAUGCCUUUAGGGCAAGCUUUUGGCCACGACUACGAUGAUUCGCGGGAGUCACGAAGAUGCAGUAGCAGGAGCAGCGGUCGAUCAACUGUGAUGUCAGGUUCGAAACCCUCUCCAAGGCUGCCAUCUCGAUUUCCCCAGUCUACGCCCGGGGCAACUGCUCCUCCGAAGCAAAGUCUCCUCCGACGGAUUUUAUCGUUUCAGUGGUUUCCACGACACUCACAUCCAACGUCGCAAAGUUCUGUUAAUUCGACAGAUUUUGAUGAUCCAGCACAUACACCUCGACCCCACACGAGUCUCCAAUUCACCGCGACGAGUGGGUCGCCGACGGACGAUCCCAGCAGCACCGGCAUCACUAGUAGUCUCGAACAAAGGCCAGCGAGUGCCUUUGACAAGCGUAUUCGACGGGCAACGAUCCCUAUCACAUCAGCAUUUCCCCGAAACCCUGCUCGCCGUGCUGUCAGUGCUGACUUUUACACGGCUCCCCAGUCAAAAGCUGUCGACAGUUUGCGCACAUUAGCGUCGUCAUCGUCGUCGUCUACCUCUCCAACUAUGCGUCCUAUUGCAAGACUAGCGACAGGUGGUGGUCCCGAAUCGGGCCCUGUGGUGGGCAGUGCUCCAGCGUCGUCUUCAGAAGCGUUCCACGGUCUCCGAUCUCGCUCCUCGUUAAAACGGUCUCCAACCAUGCGACUAGAGGUCGUCGCCGAGACGGAAUCCGAGUCAGCGGCCGCCGCGGAGGUGUCGAAGAUGAUCAACGUGUCCAAUAUUCCUGCGUUGCCCCGGUCACCACCGCCUGCUUUGUCGAGUCUGGUUGCUCGAGACGACGAUACUUUUGCUCGACCUCUUAUAACGGCUCCGCACACGAAGACAUCUGCAAAGGAAGCCGCCCUAGACAUAUGGACGGGCACGGGGAAGAUUGUGGAGAAUGAAAAGGCUGUCGCCUGGCUUGUGCAGGAGGAUCCGUACCAUGAGUCCGUGCUCAAGUACUACAUGAAGCUGUACGACUUUGGCAACAUGGAUCCUUUACAAAGUCUUCGAACACUGUGUGGGAACAUCUACACAAGGGCUGAGACAACACAGCUCGACCGUUUCUUGGAGGCCUUUGCAGCACGCUGGUGCAGCACAAAUCCACACCGGCCCUUCAGUGACCCGGAUAUCAUUCACUCUGUAGCCUAUUCGCUGCUUUUACUUAAUACGGAUCUCCACAUAGCUGAUCUUUCUCCCUCACAGCGAAUGACGCGUCCGCAAUUCGUGAAAAACACGCUCGACAGCAUAUGUCAAAUGUAUCGAAAGAAGCUGCGCAGACACUAUCAUGCUCGUCGUGUCAGUGCAAACUCCCAAGACCUGCCUAAUUCCUCAUCUUCCACUAAUUCUGAGAGCAACAAAGCUUCCGCCUUAUUAUCAUCUAGCACAACCAUCCAUUCACUUACAUUUGAAGUUCAAAUGCAGAUGGAAAAAUUCAUUUCUUAUUGGACUGGCCAAUUGAAGGAGAUGUACACAUCCGUUAAGCAUUCUCGCAUUUUACAACCCGACCGCUACAGCGAUCUAACUGCAUUAUCAUCUUCCUCCAUUCAUCAUCCGGACGGUGACGGUCCUUUGUACUCAGACAGCAGUCUUCAGCGUCGCACCUCGACUGUUCGAAGCAACUCGCGACUUUCCAAUUUUUCGUCAAGCUCUACCGUAUUUAAUUUGGCCGACAUGUUUGCCGAUGGCAAGAACAAUCACAAGCAUAUCCAUUCACUCACCUCCUUGCGACCCGAAAACAAGCUCGCAAGCACCCGCAGCGUUUCAGGCACACUUACCUCCCUUUCCGUUGUGUCUACCACGCUGCUCGAGAUUGAUCAAAAGCCGCUGUCGAAGGAGGAGGGCUUCAUGAUCCUCCAGGACGAGACGGCUGCGCUGAGAGCUGAGCUCGAAGUGAUGUCGAAACAUAAUUCGUUCAUGCGACGACUGAAUCGGUUCAAGGACAUGUAUGUCGUGCUGACCUCGAACGCCUUUAAUCUGUUUUCACUUGGUCGCUCAGCAGCCACGCUCCUUCAUAAAGGCGAUGAAAAAUGGGUGUAUCGUUCGCAUUCUAUUUUCGCUAUCCCGCUACGCUACGUUUUGGCACGCCUGGACGGCGUGGAUCAUGACUUGAUGCAGACAAACAAGUUCAAUUUGUGUCUGCCCUCCCAAAAAGACUAUAUCGUUCGCACCCACAGCAACGAAGAGGCUGCCAAGUGGGUUGACGAGAUUAAUUAUCGAGCUGCUCUUGUCACAAGAAUCCCACUUUGCGGAAACGUGACCAGCGUUGACUACGGUUGGGGAGCAUGCCUUGAGGAGUAUAGAAAGAACCCCGGAAAACCUCUUGAAGGGAAGAUCAACAUUGCCAAGUGGAAGCCUGAUCCACUUCCUGAGAUGGACAGCAACACAUCAGAGGUAGACCAGUUGCACGCACUGCAACACUUCAUUCCCGAGUUGGCCAAGGUGUAUGCUGAGCACGCUAACAUACGGUUACCAAUGAUUAAGGCUCUGUCAGCCCAGCACAAGGGCAUCCAACAACGCGCCAUCACCAAUUGGCAAAAUCGUUUACAUUACUUGAACGAGGAAAUGGCGAAGUUUCGUACGUAUACGAAAGUCAUUGAGAAAAGAUGCUAUAUGAAGUCAUAAAUAAACGAAUGAAAUGAAUUUGACGACGCAUAAAAAGCACCAUGAUCCUUAUUCUGUUUUUUUCUUCUUGUUCUGUGCUGUGUGAACUGGACGUCGAUGCAACAAGAAUUGCUGAAAGCAGCUAUAUAAAGCUACUUCAUCUGCACACAGCAGAAUUAAUUUAUCUUUUCCUUUUCGUUAUUUAGUUCUUAAACGCCAAUAUUGUUCUAAUCAGUUGGGCGUUCGGUAGUCUCUUCAGAUUCUUCUUGUUCAGCAGCGGCAGCAACUUGCAUUUCCAAAUCCUGUUCAGUGGGAACGGGACCAUAACGGAGAGUGCGAAGCUUCUCCAGACGACGUUUGUGAUACAGCGAGUCCAACAUCAGCGCAACAGAAGAGCCAACCCAAUCAGCCUACAUUUCAUUGUUAGCAAAUUAGGAACGAGUGGAGGGGCGACGAAAUAGAAACCAAUUGCACAUACAGCUAUGUCGUACACAUCAAAUGUACGAUACUAUUCGUGUUAAAGUUAGUAAACAGGAAGCCUGACUGGCAAGAACGUUGAAAAUAUUUACCGAAAGGAAACUUUGAAUGAAUUCCGAACCAAGAGCGCCCAAAAGGAAACACACAAUGAACGUCAAUUGUGCCGCACGCCGGCGACUGAGAUCAAAAAUCCAGUAAAACACAAGAGUGAGAACAAAGAACACGCAAAAAUGCUGAAUCUUGUCAUUGACAGGGAAAUUCAAUGGAGGUGCAAACCCACUGGAAGACGGUUAGGCCAAUGUGAAAACGAGCUUUCUUUGCGGAGACGAAAGGAAACAAUCGCGCAAGUUGAGUCAAACAUACAGAUAACAAGCAAUAACCAACAAACUGAAUCAAAAACGGCCAUUAGAAAUGAUGUAAACACAGAAAUGAUCAACUUACACGAGAAACACGCAUAGAACGUUUUUGCGAAAGGUGAAUUGCAAAAAUGAGGGCAUGACUUUCUAGUACUGUACCAACAGUAAUGUCGUAAAUAGGGCUGAUUUUUUAAAGGGAAUCGUUUUUUUCGUGGUUGGUGAUUUAUAGUUGCGUGGGAAGCGAGCAAGUCGAGUUUGUGGGCUGAAUACGCGUACGUGUGUGAGGGAG